AUGUCAUUGCCCAUGCCGAACGUCGUCGACAUCAUGAGUGAGUUGGAGACCACUAAGAGCUGCGAGUACAGCUUGUGGUGCCUCCGUAGCACGCAGCCAACCUUGCAGAGUCAUAGGAAGGAGAGAGGUGGUCCGUUAGCCGAAGUCAAGCACCUUGUUGACAAAGCAGAUAGCGCACUGUUGAACGACAGGGAUCCACGUAUCCUCCAGAAUUGCGCCCUCAAGGACGCGUAA